UAUGAUCGAAGCUAUGAAAAUUUAAUUCGAUUCUAUGCUUUCCAACCUUUUGGCCAAAACAAUCUUGAAAUUUUCCUGUUUUACGCCCAGUUUUUUAAGCGAUUUCCUUAACAAUCGCUGCGGAGGUUAGACUUCGAUAUGGUGGAUCGGUUAGUGAACAGUGAAGCUAAUGCAAGAAGAAUCAAUAAUGUUGAAAAAUGUUUCGGAGCUUCUGGCCAACCUCUAGGUGUAUCUGGCAGAGUUCUUGUGGGCGAAGGUGUUCUCACAAAGUUGUGCCGCAAGAAACCAAAACCUAGACAAUUUUACCUGUUUAAUGAUAUUUUGGUUUAUGGCAACAUUGUUAUCAACAAGAAAAAGUACAAUAAGCAACAUGUACUGCCAUUAGAGGGAGUGCAAUUACUGGCAAUUGAAGACGAUGGAGCUUUGAAAAAUGGUUGGCAAAUUAUUAGUCCGAAGAAGUCAUUUGCUGUGUAUGCUGCAACAGCCACAGAAAAGGCAGAGUGGAUGGCCCAUAUCAAUAAAUGUAUAACUGAUCUUUUAUCUAAGACCGGAAAACAACCGUUGACAGAACAUGCAGCAGUCUGGAUACCAGAUAAUGAAGCGACAUUAUGUAUGCAUUGUAGAAGGACAAAAUUUACAACCCUAAACAGACGGCACCAUUGUCGAAAAUGUGGUGGGGUGGUUUGUGGGGCAUGCUCAACGAAAAGAUUCCUUCUGCCACAGCAGUCAUCGAAGCCGCUUCGCAUUUGUGACAAGUGUUACAGCGAGUUAACAAAUGAAGAAAAGAGCCGUGAUAUUGCCACGCCAACCUCUGGGUCAGUGAAGAAACCAGGCAGACCACCACCACCUAAAAGUAAUGACAAGCCCCAAGAUCCAGAGGACAGUGGUUCAUCUGGAGAGGAGAGUGAUGAUGAUCAAGAUCAAGAAAACAUAGAAGUUGAAACAAAGCCAACAUUUUACGAGGGAAGCGGAGGAGACCAGGCAAAUAAUGGAAUGGAUCAAUCAUAAAAAUACAAAAAGUUAACUUGAUAUAUAGCCUCAAAUCUAUGUCAAUAAAAAAGACAAUGUUUAUUUGUUGGUAGAAACGAUUGGCACAGUUAAAAAAUAAAUUACAUCCUAUUGUGUGUUUCUUAAAAUAAUGAUUUUAUAAUGUAUUUUAUGAGAUAUGUUAACUAAAAAUCCAUUAGUUUAUUUUUUAUAGCUUUUGAUAAAAUUUUAAUCAUUUGUAAUAAAGCAAAUUUGAAGUAGUUAAGAAUAAAAGGAGAACAAGUAAAG